AUGGCCGCUAGGGACCCGAAAUAUAGAAUCGACGUGGCUUGGGAUUACGAAUGCGGCUGGAUCUCCAAUGAGGCCUAUCUACCGAUUCUUAAUAUCGAAGCUUCUCUGAAGAAGUGUGAUGACCGCUAUCAUGUUGGAAGAAUCAUCGCAGUGGGUCCCCCACAUGGUACAUGGGCUGAUAAAAUUACGAAUGCUGGAGGUAUUGAACAUUUUCCUAUCUCAGAUGAGAACAUCAAUUGUGCCACAGAAGACUGUAAAACUGGCAUUGCAUUUAACCGUAGCUCAGCGAAAGUACUGAUCAAGAGAACAACAGAUAGAGUUGAUGUCCUUGCAAUGGUUUCUAUGUUUGCGAGUGUCAUUUGUGAUGGGUCUAAAAUCAUUUUGGUAAUAAUGGGCGACGAAUAUUUCCUGUACCCGAUAGCAAAGUUUUCCGGAAAGCCCACGAACACCAGGAUUUUGGUAGCCAAAUCUGGGGCUUCACCGUCUCACGAAUUGGGAAUACAUUUUACCAGGUGGAAAUUCGAUGAAAUGAUCACGAAGCCUGGAGGAUGUGAACCGUCUAAGAAGCAGUUUCCACGAGGACGGUUGGACAGGUUCAUAUCAACUAUGAUGAGAUCGUUAAGUUCAUGA